AUGGGAAAAGAUCACGAAGGAAGCCCUCCAGUUCCAGUACAUCUCUGCGUCUUCGUCUUCAUCCUCUUGAUGUUCGUAACGAUUUCAUGGUACCCGAGCUAUGAACCAGUUAUAGAAGGUUUUACGGACCAGCUGAAGCUUGCUCUCAUGGCUUCUCCUCUUCUUUUGCUCUUGGCCGUCCAUUUUCUAUCCAACGAUGGAGGAGGAGGGAUGAUGACGUCAUUGAUCCCUAUGAGCGAAAGAGAGUCUUUCUAUAGAGCUGGAGGAACGCCGUGGGGAGUGGCCUUCAUGCUCGUCUUCAUCUUUUUCAUGGUUUCGUAUCAAUCUCAGUUUCAAGAAAGUUGGUUUCCUCUUCGAUGA